UGAGUGAUCGUCCGUCAGCGCGCGCGCACCUCGUGUACCGGUACCGGCGCGCUAGUAGUUGGUCGGCCGCGGUUGAAUGCAGACGUGUAGCGUCAUGUGGUGUGGUGCAUGUGAAGUGAAGUGAAGGAUGCGCGGUGACACGGGCGGCGCGCGCGGCAAGGCGGGCGCGGGCCGGUCCAACGGCGGCUACCCGCCUAUCAGUGCCGCCUACUGGCUGCCCCCCUCGAACCCGACCCCCUACCAUGUGCCAGAACGCAAGCUGUUCGUGGGGAUGCUCAACAAGAAGCUGUCGGAGAACGACGUGCGAGCGCUGUUCGCGGGGCACGGCGCCAUCGAGGAGUGCACGGUGCUACGGGACGCCCAGGGCCAGAGCAAGGGCUGCGCGUUCGUCACGUUCGUCUCGAAGCAGGCGGCCAUCGCUGCCAUAAAGACACUGCACCACAGUCAGACUAUGGAGGGUUGUUCAGCCCCGCUGGUGGUGAAAUUUGCCGACACGCAAAAGGAGAAGGAGCAGAAGAAACUGCAAGCCAUGCAGGCGAGCCUGUGGGGGCUGACGACGCCGGUGACGCCGACGGCGUACCUCGCGUCGGAGGCGGCGCUGUCGCCCGCCACGCAGCUGCAGCUGCUGCAGCAGUUGCAGGCGGUGGGCCUACAGCAGCAGCUGCUGCAGGGCCAGGGGUCUACGCUCCUGCAAGGUGUUAACUAUCAGGAUAUCGCUUUCAAUGGCGCAGGCUUGAGCGGCGGGACGGUGAGCGGCGUGGGCGGGGUGGCGUCCAUGGGCGGCGGGGCGGCCGAGCAGCUGGGCGGGCUGCUGGCGCCCGUGUCGGUGCAGAACCUGGCGGCGCUGGCGGCCAUGACGCAGCCCGUCGUCACGCAGGCGGCGCCCAUUGCGCCCGCCGCCGCGCCGCAGCCGGCCGCGCCACAAUUAUGUCUUCUCGGGAAGACUAACAUAACAGGGUCUACAGCAGAGCCGCUGAGUUCUGCGUACGCGGCGCAGUUCGGCAGCGCGUUCGCGGCCGCGCCGCUCGGCUCCGUGCUCGGGUCGGCCGCCGCCGCCGCUGCCGGCAAACAGGUCGAAGGUCCAGAAGGCGGCAACCUGUUCAUAUACCACCUGCCGCAGGAGUUCACCGAUACAGAUCUCGCAUCGACCUUUUUGCCCUUCGGGCACGUGAUUUCGGCCAAAGUGUUCAUAGACAAACAGACCAACCUCUCCAAGUGCUUCGGCUUCGUGUCCUAUGACAACGCCGCCUCCGCACAGGCCGCAAUACAAGCCAUGAAUGGCUUCCAAAUAGGUACAAAAAGACUCAAAGUUCAAUUGAAACGUUCCAAGGAACUCUCGAGACCGUACUAAACAUAGACAACUUGUUCCUAGUGAUUGUUUUUUCAUAAAAAAACUAUGCAAAGGUUGUAAGUAUUUGAACGUUUGUUGUGAUGUAAACCGGUGCACUUUGAACUGACAGAUAGAUAAGGUUCGUACGAAAACGCGAGUCCAUGUGCACAGUUGUUAACUAAUAAGUAUAAGGUUAAGGUUUGUGUCAAAGGAUUUAUCGUUUCCAAAGUAUUCCCCAAAUUGUUUAUUACUUAUUAAUAUGUUUUAACUUAUAAGUUUUAGUCUCUUUAAGCGUAAGUUCAACGCGUUUAGCAAGCGAUACUUUAUGCACCAAAGAAAUGGUACCUACCGAGCUAACAGUGUCGAUAUACGCUCAUGGAAUAACUCAAAUUACGUACGUGUAAUAUACCUAUAGCUACCAAUAUUUUUGUCAUCCAAAGCUUAAUAUCGGUGAACAAACGCCGGAACUACCAAAUGAGUAUUGCUGUUUUCAUUGUUUUGUUUAACAUAUUAUACAGAGUGGAAAAAGUAAUGGGCCCUUUCCCUCCAGGGUUCUUUGUUUUUUUCCACCCUGUAAACCAACUUUAUAUUUAGAUACUUAAGUAGAUAUUUCUUUAUAUUUUUUUUUUGUGUUACCGAUAUAAUUUGUGUUAAAGUGAUCCACGUGGCCAUUGCAGUUACGCAGUUUUUGUUCAAAUAAUGUUAGAGUAACGAAGCGAUCUCAAAGUGAUCAGUGUAUUUAUUUUUACCUGACUUGUUGUCAAUAGUGUACUUAAACUUGUAAUUUUGUUUGUAAGACUGCCUACCGUGAACGUUACUAUCGCUCUAUUGACCCGAAAUAUGUGAAUUAUUCAUAUUACGUAGUAGAUAUCUCAAAUGUUUUAUUCAAUUCACGCAAUGCAAUGUGUACCUAUACAGUGUGUUUUUCGACAUGAUGUUCUAAAUAUCCAUCUAAAACACAAUUUAUAAUAGGUACCUACUAUAAGCACUGAUUUAAAAUGACAUGGAUCUCGCGACGUAAAAAGUAGAUGUCGCAAAAAGUAUUCUGGAGCGUACCUAUUUAUUUACAUUUGAAAUAUCUAUUAGGUACAAAUCGUAAAUAUUUCCUUAUUGUUGUACUUGUUUGUGUGUAAUUUAUGCAUAAUUAUGUAUCUGUACAGUAGAUAAUCAACUGGACCGUCUAGGCUAUAUUCAGCGUACCAACUACUGACAAACCUUACGGGAAUCAUAUUCGUUUUACCAUAAUCCUAAUAAAUGAGUCUUUAAUUUAACACAUCGAACACUGGACCUUUAGUCAAAAUUUUAUUAGGUUUAAGUAUUUAAUAUUUAGAAUAUUUUCGUACGUAAGUUUGGUAUUCGAACAUCGCCUAUUAUGAGCACCGAAACAUUUUGGAGAACAUAGCUCGGCGACAUUAUAUGUUCAUUGCUCAUAACAUGGGUUCAGGUACUUAAAACUGUUUGCCAAUAUAUUUCACUUCUUAAAUCACUGGCACAGUUUGGUCUUUAUAUACUACGUUAUUAUAAUAAUAUAAUUAUACUUUACUUACUUCUUACACAUUUUGUAAUUUUAGAUGCUUUUCCUUUACUUAUAUUAUCUCCAACAUGUAAGUUAAAGCCUGCAAGAGGAAGAGGAAGUAAUUAUUCAGGGCAUUUUAACUUGUCUAAUCUAUAUGCAGGCGUUAACUACACCUAGGUAUCGCUCAUAUUUUAUUUACCUGCGUGUGAAAAUGAUAUUUCACCAAUUCGAGAUGUACUAUACCGACGCGUUAUGUUUCAACUACCCCGAACGACCAAUUUCAAAUGUAAAGUACCUAACCUGUCACUUUAAGUUAUAGACAUAUAGUUAUAUUCUACGUGUUUACUAAUUUCGUUUAAAGAACUGAUGUAGAUCAUCAUUGAAAUAGCUUAAUUAAAUUUAGUUGAGUAUUAUAUAAAAAGAGGAUUAUUUAGAUGGUUUAUAAGUUAUUUACUCUAAUUUAGUCAUGUUUUGAUGUCUGAAAAAAGACAAUAUCUAGACUGAAUAAGUUCCGUUGUAGGUGUUGCAGUUAGUGAUUCAGUCAUUCGUCUAGUGAUUCCUUUAUUUAGGGUUCAGUAGAACCUACAUGAUUAUAGCUUUUUGUCGUUCUUUUUUCUUGUUGUAAGAUAAAUUAUUAUUAGAAGGGGAAUGUAUUUCUUUAAAUUUUAUUUUAACGUUUAGUAGGUUAAUUAGAAAUGGGACACGACCACGAGAUCAGUCUGUUAACUUAUAGGUAUGAUUUUAAAAAUAAUUGUCAAAAAUGCUAGUGUGGAGGGUUUUUUUACCUACUUAAUAUUUCUUAGGUAUGUAUAAGGGAGACCUCAUUGUUGUUGUGCAUAAAAAAUGCCUGUUGGACUUUGAAUGUGAAAUAAAGAUUUUAGUUCUCGUAGAAUAGUGCAGUUACAUCUGACUUCUGAGUUUCCCGCCAAAACACUGAUCGCCAAAAUGUGUAGUCAUUAUUAAAGUUGUAUAAAUCUGUGUUUGACAUUAAACGAUUGAUUGUGUUUGUCCGACAUUGAAGAUUACUAAGGCACGUGUAUACAUUUGAGGGGUAGCUGAGCGGCAAGAUGCGAAAUAAUAGACGUCAUUAUAACAAUUUCCAUCCGAGACCAUAAUGUUUUAGAAAGACAGAUCAAGCCUAGAAGUUUAUUUAAUAUAUUGUGUGGAAAUUGUUUUGAUAAAUGAUAAUUACCUAAAUAGAAUAAAGAACAAGUACCUAAGCAUUUUAUAUGCAUUGCGGUGCGGUUAUCCGUGAUAAACUAAUUUCGCUUCCUUGAUCAAAGAAAGACCAUGCCAAAAACAUGGCCAAAUAUGGGUCAUAUGCUUAAAAUCAAAGCACUAGUAUAAAAAAAUGUCUGAUGCAACCCCUAUGCCCAACAUGUGUCUAUUAUUCAUUUAUAAUUUUGAAUGAGAUGAUUUUAGUGAGACAAUUUAAACAUGCCACACAUUCGUCCCCUUAAAUAAAUCUAUUCAUCUUUGCAAAGACGAGAUUGUCAGGGCUAUUGUCAGUUUUAAGGCAGUUAAAUGAUUUUAUGUAAUUAUUUAACCUUAUGCAUAAAUGAUGAAGUGUAAGUAGUUG